AAACCGAAAAUAUGGUAUUUAAUGGAGAAAAAAACAGCUAAUAACAGGGAAAACAUUCAUCCAAGACAUCCACAACAGUCAACUCGACUGAAGGUAGUAGUUCGAUAUUUGCCUUGUAAUCUUUCUGAGCAAGAAUUUAAAAAUUCAGUAAAAGAAUGGAUUUCUGAAGAGAUUGAAUGGUUCUCAUUUUUCCCAGGAAAAAUAUCAACAAAUCGCAGUAAAAAUGAUAGACAUGGAAGAGCGUAUAUCAAGUUUAAAUCGCCAGAGGCAUUGAUUACCUUUUAUAAGGGCAUUAAUAAACACUUGUUUACAGACGAAAAGAAUAAAGAACAGAGAGUAUUUGUUGAAUUUGCACCUUUUCAAAAGAUUCCUCGGGUAGAAAAACAGAAACACGAUAUUCGACAAGGAACGAUUGAUGAAGACCCAGAAUUUAUAACAUUUCAAGAAACAUUAAAAAAUCCAAAUAAAGAUUUACAAGGACAAGAACAGGGAAAGCAAGAGGAUGAUGACACAGUGCCUAUUAAUGCAAUUACACCAUUAAUUGUACAUUUAAGAAUACAAAAAAAGGCAGCAGCUUUAAAAUCGAAACAACAGAAAAAAUAUAUAUUGGAAAAAAAGGCAUCAGCACAGAUGAAAGCCGACUCAAUAACAGCACAAAUUAAGUUACAUGGGGGAUUUGGUUCUAUGAAAAAAUAUAACAAGAACAAGAGCAAAUUUCAAAAAGAACCAAAUAAUUCGGAUGCAAGAAAAGAAAGUUCUAUGCGUCCAGAAGAGCUCUUUCCAAAACAUUCUAGCCCUCAUAAAAGAACUCAUAAAAAUACAAUAAAAAAAGAAUCGUCAGUUACUAUGAAUACUAUUAAAAUUCUUAAACCAUCUAAUCGAGAAAAACAUUCUAAUUCAGAUAUAUCUAACAAAGAAAAAACGUAUGAUUCUUCACAAAUUUCAAAAAAAAAUGACACCAGAGCUAAUUCUACAAAUAAAAGCGAAAAUGAACCUAAAAAAAAUACCAAAAAAUAUCAUAAUUAUACAAUACAAUCUACACAAAAAGAGCAGAAAAGCAACACAGAAUCGUUUAAUAAGUCAAACACAUCUUUUCGUAAGAAAGAAUGCGAUCAUCAUUCAAUGAGAAGUUUUAAGAAUAAAAAUAUGGAACAAUUUAUAGUCUAUAGACGUACCUUUUGUCAUAGAAAUAGAUCAUUGAGAUGUUUUAGGAAUAUAUUUAUACUAAACUUUAUAGAUAAGUUUAAUAGUUAGAAAGAAUUACUGGA